AUGGAUAUUUUAUUUAUACCAACAUUGCCAAAUGAAAUGAUUGAUCGUAUAAGCAAAGAAUUAUCUGGAAUUGAUCUAUUUCAUUUCACAUUAGCUAAUCAUACCGCUCUUAGUAUUGGCAAUUACCAUUUAAUACAAUUACUUUAUUUACAACCUGAUCUUUCAUUGGAUAAAGAAACAAAAUCAUUACUUCAUAUGCGAAAAUCACCGUAUUUCAUUUCAGAAAAUAAUCUUCUUGAACCACGUUUAUUAAACAAUGAAGAGUUAAUGCUAUUCAAAAUUUGGGGCAACAAUCGAACUCCACCGAAUAUUGUAACCAACUUGAAUCAAUUUAUAGAAAAUCUGACCAGUCGAUAUGAAUAUGAUCUUUGGGGUCCAUAUAUUAAUUGGGAUACAUUUGUUAUUGCUGGUGGUUCAGUUAUUUCAUCUUUACUUGUCGAACCUUUAACAGAAAAAAAUACAUCUGAUAUCGAUUUAUUUUUUUUACAACAAAAUUCACGAUUAUUUAAAACGGCAGUAGUAAGUCUAACAAUUGCUCUUACUCUUAUUUCUGAAUACUAG